AUGGACGGCGUCACGGGUGGCGCCAUCGCCAUGAUAAUCCUCAUGGUCCUCCGCAUCAUCUGGGACUUUUGCGGAAUGUGCGCGCACCCGCGACGAGCCAACAUCCAAGACCCGAGCAAUAUCGAAAUGCAGGACAUGAGCGGCAGGGAGAGGCCCACCUCUGCCCAGCAAGAUGCCCCGAUGGACGGUUCCGCCCAGCCAGAGGCCAGGACCAACACCUACCGACCGGAUUCGUUUGACUGGAGCAAGUUCAUGCAGAUGCACAACGUCACUCCACUCCCCGCCGCCUCUGUCCCAAGUAACCGGAGCGCAACAAAGACCAAGACCAAGGCCAAGGACAAAGACAAGGACAAGGGGAAGGGCAAGGCAAAAGAACAACUUGUCGCUCCACCGCCGCGCGUGUUCGACUGGACGGGAACAAAUGCCAUUAGCGACGAAGAGCUCGAAAAUGCCGGCGAGGGCUCCAGUCGGGGCGUGCCCCGUCGCUCUAGAUACAGAAACAGCCACUACAACAACUGGGUUUGA